AUGCCGGGGCCCCGGACCCUCGCCAACUUGGUGGAGCUCUUCUGGAAGGACGGCUUCAGCCGCAUCCACGAGAUCCAGCAGAAACACACACGGGAAUAUGGAAAAAUCUUCAAGUCUCACUUUGGUCCUCAGUUUGUAGUAUCUGUUGCAGACCGAGACCUGGUGGCUCAGGUGCUCCGGGCAGAGGGGGCCGCGCCCCAGAGAGCCAACAUGGGGUCCUGGCAGGAGUACCGAGACUUACGGGGCAGAUCCACCGGGCUCAUCUCCGCGGAGGGUGAACAGUGGCUCAAGAUGAGAAGUGUGUUGAGACAAAGAAUUCUGAAACCGAAAGAUGUGGCCAUUUUUGCAGGAGAAAUCAACCAAGUUAUUGCUGAUUUAAUUAAAAGAAUCUACUUCCUCAAGAGCCAGGCAGAAGAUGGGGAGACUGUGACCAACAUCAAUGACCUUUUCUUCAAAUAUUCAAUGGAAGGAGUGGCCACCAUUCUUUACGAGAGUCGUCUGGGCUGCCUGGAGAACAGCGUGCCGCAGGCGACGAUGGACUACAUCGAGGCCCUGGGGCUCAUGUUCUGCAUGUUCAAGACGUCCAUGUACGCCGGUGCCAUCCCUAGGUGGCUCCGCCCGCUCAUCCCCAAACCCUGGCGGGAAUUCUGCAGGUCCUGGGAUGGACUCUUCAAAUUCAGCCAAAUUCACGUUGACAACAAGCUGAGGGACAUACAGUGCCAAAUGGACCGAGGGGAGAGAGCGAGAGGGGGCCUGCUCACGUACCUCUUCCUCAGCCAGGAGCUGACACGGGAGGAAAUCUAUGCCAACAUGACCGAGAUGCUGCUGGCCGGCGUGGACACGACAUCGUUCACGUUGUCCUGGGCAGUGUAUCUCCUCGCGAGGCACCCGGAAGUGCAGCAGACCGUGUACCGGGAGAUAGUGAGGAAUCUGGGGGAAAGGCAUGUUCCCAUGGCUGCAGACGUCCCCAAAGUCCCACUGGUCCGAGCUCUGCUUAAGGAAACCUUGAGGCUGUUUCCAGUGCUGCCGGGGAAUGGCCGGGUCACCCAGGAAGACCUGGUUGUUGGCGGGUAUCUGAUUCCCAGAGGCACCCAGCUGGCCCUCUGCCACUAUGCCACCUCCUACGAGGAUGAGAACUUCCCUCGGGCCAAGGAGUUCCGGCCUGAGCGCUGGCUGCGGCCAGGAAACCUGCGCAGGGUUGACAAUUUUGGGUCCAUCCCCUUCGGCUACGGGGCUCGAAGCUGCAUCGGGCGGAGGAUUGCAGAACUGGAGAUCCACCUCCUUGUGAUUCAGUUGCUUCAACGUUUUGAGAUCAAAAUAUCUCCUUGGACUAAAACUGUUCAUGCAAAAACCCAUGGGCUUCUGAUGCCAGGGGAGCCCAUCCACGUGCGUUUUGUUAACAGAAAGUGA